AUGGAAGAGGCCUAUAGGAGUGCAUCCAGAUUACCGGGAAUAUCCCAUGUAAUGCCGGGAGAUCUGGUUGGGCAUAUGCGCAUUCUAGGCAUCUUUGAAAAUGAUCCUAGUAUUGCAAUAUCUGACCAUACGUCACCAACUCUGGUGUUAAAUAGGAUGUUUAGGGUCCUUAUACCUGAAAGGGACAAGUGGUUAAACCAAACAUGGUGGAAAAAUAAUGCCGAUCAAGUAUGGUUUACUGAUGGUUCCAAACAGGCAAAUGGUGACACUGGGCCUGGUAUCUAUGGUCCCAAUUUUCAAAGGGGUAUCCCAAUGGGAACAUUCCCAUCAAUAUUUCAGGCGGAGAUUUACGCCAUCCUUAUAUGCUCCAACGAGUGCUUAAGAAGGAGACUAAGUGAUAAUAUAAUAUUUGUUAUGCCUGAUAGCCAGGCUGCUCUUAGAGCAUUAUCAUCAUAUGAAGUGAAGUCUGGUGUGGUCAUGGACUGCUUGACAUCCUUGAAUGAACUCGGCACACACAAUGAAUUUAUACUGUGUUGGGUACCUGGCCAUGAAGGUCACGCUGGCAAUGAACGUGCUGAUUGUCUUGCCAACAGGGGCGCUCGACGCUCGUUUAUAGGUCCUGAACCGUUCUUUGGCAUCCCACGUGGAUACACUAUGGAACGUAUUCGUUCUUGGGUUGAAUCGGAAUUUGCCCGUUUUUGGGGUAAUCUACCAGGUCUAAGACAAUCCAAACGAUUCAUCACCCUAUCCAGACGUAGAUCCCAGUCGUUGCUUUCGCUCGGAAAGGGUGACUUGAGGAUACUUACUGGAUUAUUCACCGGACACUGUGGUUUGAGGUAUCACCAAUUUAUGUUAGGUAAUGUUGAGAAUGAACAGUGCAGGUUCUGCGGACUUCAUGCCGAAACCUCUGAACAUGUGCUAUGUGACUGCCCAAUGCUGGAAUAUGCAGAACUAAAUGGCUCGGAAGGGCCUUAA